AUGCCUAAUGAAGAGCUCUCUGGGUGGAAGCUUGUUGUGGGAGAUGUGUUCAGAGAACCAGACUAUCCCAAGCUUCUUUGCGUGAUGGUUGGAGAUGGGGUUCAGAUUACAGGGAUGGCAGUUGUCACAAUCAUCUUUGCAGCAUUUGGUUUCAUGUCACCAGCUUCACGAGGAAUGCUACUGACCAGAAUGAUCAUUCUGUAUCUUUUCCUUGGGAUAAUUGCUGGUUAUGUUGCUGUCCGUGUAUGGAGAACCAUAAAGGGAACUUCCGAAGGGUGGAGAUCAGUUUCCUGGUUUGUGGCGUGCUUCUUUCCUGGAAUUGUCUUUGUUAUUCGUACAAUACUGAAUUUCAUUCUAUGGGGCAGCAAGAGUACUGGUGCUCUUCCCAUUUCUUUGUAUUUUAUACUCAUCUCCCUCUGGUUCUGCAUUUCCGUGCCUCUCACCCUUCUCGGGGGAUUCUUAGGCACACGAGCUGAGCCAAUUUCAUAUCCCGUAAGAACCAACCAGAUUCCAAGGGAGAUUCACGCGCGCAAAUAUCCAUCAUGGCUUCUUGUUCUUGGUGCUGGGACACUUCCGUUUGGAACCCUUUUCAUUGAACUCUUCUUCAUCCUUUCUAGCAUCUGGCUUGGAAGAUUUUAUUAUGUCUUCGGUUUUCCUUUUUAUAGUGCUUAUGUUGUUGGUUAUCGUUUGUGCUGA